UUAAAAGCAUUUCAUUCAGCCAUAACAGAGAUAUUGACAACAACUAAGCUGAUACUCUUGAUGACUCAUGCUGUUUUUUGGGAUCUCCAAGAUGGUGUGAAGAGGAUUAUAGCCACUCCUCCUCCAAUUAUGCCUCCUGAGUUAAAGAUGGGCCUGUUAGAUGCAUACUGCAAACUCAGUGGUUACUACAAAUAUGAUAAAUCACCAUUCUACAUAUGA